GGGGAAGGAGGGCUCAGGUUACUUCCUGGCUCCCCAGCGUCCUCUAAAACAUCUCUGACUGAGCUGCUCCCCAAGCAGGCCUUGGGAGAAGCCCUAUUGGCCAGAAGGCCGGCCCAGCUGACAUGAAUUUGAAACCCACAGAACCGGCCCGACCCUGCCUUUUCUGGUUGGGCCACUGGGCAACACUAGGCAGGAACUCAGGCCAUUGUCUUGGCUGAUAGCCCCUGAGCCUGCCAGUGGGCACAGGCCCCCCCAACCUGCCACACUCACCCUCUGCCCUGCCCCCAGCAGACCCACCCAUCUCUGAGCCAGCCGAGGUCUCCUGCACCCCACCUGCCCGCAACCCUCCAAUGGGACCACUCCAAGACAGCCCAGGCAGGCAGAGAGCUGGCCAAGGCCGGGGUAACCAGGGACCACCUCCUCAGGCUCCUGUCCCCCCAUGCCAGGCCCGAGCCAGGCGCUGCAGCCCAGCUCAUAUGGCUGCAGUGGUGGCUGACAGUCUAGCUGAGAUGGGGUGGGGCAUGCAGGGGAGGCUACUGAUCCUUCCUGGCACCCAGGGUGGCAUCCCAGAGGGGUCAGCACCUGAGUGGGGCCCUGAGGAUGAGUGGGUCCCUCUGCCUGCUGGGGGCAGGAGUGGGCCUGUGUAGUGUCCAGGCCAGGAGGGAGGUUAAUUCGGACAGGGUCACAGGAGACUUCCAGUGUGCAAGUGGAGGAGGGGCUGGUGGCCCCUGCUGAGAUGUGGACGGGGAGAAGCAGAUGUGUGUGUGUCAAUGUGUGUGUGCACGAGUGCAUGUGCAUGUGUGCACACGUGUGCCUGUGUGUGCCCAAGUGCAUAUGUGUGUGCACAUGUGUGCCUGUGAGUGUGCAUAUGUGAGCAUGAACACACACGUGGCACAUUUAUACAAGGCCACGUGGCAGUGGGACAGCCUGGGCUUAGUGCUGUACUUGCUGGGAUGCGGGGCCAGAGAUGCGGCUGGGAAAGGAGGGCGUGCCCCACAGGGUAUGUUUAGCGAGAACCACAGUCACGGCCUUGGAGAAAGGGGUCCAGGUCUGAGGCCAACAAUGGCUCCACCCUGGGGCAGCUGCUGUGGUAUCUGCACAGCCGCACCUCCGGCCUCGGCUCCCCUGGACUGGCUCACCCUCCUCCCCUCGGCCACACCAGCUCCCAGGUCCUCUCGGUUGGGAGGAUGCCCCGGGUCCCCGGGGGUUGGCCCUGGCCCCUCAAAAUCCAAGCUCUGAGCUUCUCCAGCAGGUCCCUUGAGUUCCCCAGCAGGCCCUUCCAGCCUCAUCCUCCAAAGGCCUGCUCUACACAGCAGUCAGGGACCCUGAAGGUUGAGGCCUGGCUGACCCCUGAGCCCACCCCACGCCAGGCCUCCACUAUGAAGACAGAAAGCUCCGGGCAUCCAGGCCACAGGUGACAGGGUGGGAGAGGCUCAUGGGCUGCCCCCAUUGCUGGGAGACCAGUGUGGGGGCUGGCCACUUCUGUCUUUAAGUGUUACAAUUUAGUGGCAAAACCGUCAUCAACUGUCUUGCAGAGAAGUGAGCAAUUGUCUUCAUCCCCAAAGCAUAGGCCACUUCUCUGGUCAUUGGUUUCCAUAUCUCGGCCUGGGUAACAGCAGUUCCCACUACCCACUGCCCCUCAGCUUCCCAAGGACAGUGACCAAUGACCAGCAAAGCCCUCACAGGUUCCUGCCUUUCUCGUCACCUUCUCCAGGGUCAAACUUCCCUUGUUGUCAGGAAGUUCUUUCUGGUGUCUAGCCCCCAUCUCUUCUGCUGCAGAGGAGGCUGGCCAGCUUCUGCGAGGUGGCCUAAGGGCAGGGCGGGGAGUGCUGCUGGUCUCUGGGCAGAGGUGACAGGGAGAGGGCCUGGGCUGGCAGACAGGGGACCCAGAGAGGUGGGACAGCAGGAGCCAGCCACGCUGGGCCAGGGAGCAGAGUUGGGAGCCAUGGUGAGGGGAAGAGGGCACCAGCAUUCACUACGCACUGACCGCAGGCCAGCAACGGGCCUGAGAUUAUACAGGAACCCCUCCUUCAAUCUCACAGCUUCUGCAUGAGGUGGGCGAGACAGUGACCCCCAUCACAGACACCCUCAGACGAGAGGCACCACAGCCGCCUCCCACCGCCAUCCUGUGCCUGUGCAAACUGCACACACACACCCCACCCUGCCACCAGGCCUGGGUUCCAAUCACACCCUGCACCUCGGUUUCUCCACCGUCCCACCCAGGGCGGUGAAUGCUGUCCAAGGCCCUUCUCUCAGGGGCACUAGGGCUCCUCCGUGAGGCUCCAAGCCCACUCUGGGUCCAGUCCACACCGGACAGACCCGACCCUGGGCCCAGGCCUCCUGCGUCCCCUCCCCGCCCACCCCAGGCCACCAAUGGCAUCCCAGACACCAGUCACAAAAGGCACUCUGUUGUCCUGCCGGCCCUCUGAACAGUGCCCGCCUGUGUGUCCUGAGAAAAGGCUGCACGGGGGGAGGGGCGGGGUGGGCACCCUCGGCACCGACUGCCCAGGGGGCUGGGAGGCAGACGGCUGGCCUUCCUCGUUCAGGGUGCCUACGGCCCCCAUUCAAGCGGCCUGGUCACCGGAAGCAGAGGCAGCACCGUCCCCCGCCUGUGAGGUCCUGGCAGGGCCCCUGACAUGGGCCCAGGACAACUUAUUUGUGUGUCUCAGGGGUUCAGAGCCAUGAGAAGUGGGCCAGAGAGUCAGGGACUAGCCAAGCCGAGGAGGGGGUGCCGAGAUAGCCUCCCCCCAACAGGGUGACCCCCAGAUGCCACCUGCCCUACCCCAGCUUGUGCCAACUACACCCCCACUGGCCAACCUGCAGGGUAGUUAGGCCUGCUCAUAGGGAGCCCAGGUCACGUGCCACCCACAGCGGAGGCAGGCUGGGGUGGGCAGGGCUGCCAGCAGGGUCGGACCCCCUGGGGGUGGGCCCCCAAGGGCGUGGGAGUCCACCAUGUUCACAGGGCCUGCCAGGCCCAGCCCCACCCAGCUGCCUAGGCACGGGGGUGCCCAAAGAAUCUGGCCAGAGCCGCUGGCAGGGAGAGAAAGGCCCUUCCUACAGAGACCACUGCUGGAGCUGAGGCAGAAGGGGCCCUAUGGUAUGUCAAGCUCUGCUCUGGCUGGCCCUGUGCUCUGCCCUGGCACACAGACCUUCAUCCGACCCCCCACCCGCAGAGGGCAAGGUGAUCGCAGCCUGCAGUUCCCCAGACAUGGAUACAGGCCCAGAGGGACCAACCGGCCCCCAGUGACUCCAGGGGAAGACAGGAGCUGUGUUACCCCUCAUCCCACCCAACUGUCCCAGACCACCUUGGCCCGGCGUCAGACACCAGCUUUCCAAUGGCCCUCAGGCUCCAGGCCUCGCUGAACCUCCCCUAGUCUAGGGCUCAUCACCCCAAGCCACCUGCGGGCUCUAAAGAUGCUCCCUGUGCUGAAGCUCCUGGGCCACUGUCCACGCCCCGCUGCACUGAGGUCCCAGGCACACUCCGGGGCCAGUCCGAGGCCAGAGUGAGGAGGGCUACCUUGCCUAGGAGUUGCCCUUUAGGGCAGGGCUGCCCAGCCAGGCGGUGAGCCCCUAGCAGCAGUAUGGGGGCCCGAGGAGGAGGCUGCACUCAGCCUGGACUCCACAGUGGCUGGUCUCCUGGCUUGAGAACCCCUGAGAGGAGGCUGUACCCCGGGAGCAGGCCCCAACCAGGCCUCCACCCCACCACAGCGGGCAGGCAGUUAUGUGGCAAUGGGGAGGAACAGCUGCAGCCAGGGUCCAGCAUCUGGGAGGAGCGAGACGGAGGGAGAGAGGUGUGUCCAGCAGGUGAGCAGCCUUGGCGCCAGGCGGGGCUGGAGGAUGCAUGUGUGGCUGUGUGCGCUGCCCAUGUGCGUGCGUGUGUGCAUGGGGUGCUGAGUCCAAGUGAAAGCUGUGCAGGUGUGAGUGGUGUGUGUGUGAGCGAGUGUGGGGAACAGAAUGUGCGUGUUCCAGCUGAGCUACACACGUGAGUGUGCACAUGUGGUGUGUGUGCUUCGGGGGGUGAGGAAGUGUGUGCACGUGCAGGGUGAGUGCACGCUCCUUUUAUGAGUUACAAGUGUGUGCCCUGUUUAAGGGCUGUGCACAUGCAUGUGUGUAGGUAUGUGAGCAAGUGUGUGCACACAGUGAGUUGCCAGCAUGUGGGUCUGCACACAUCUUGCAGGUGUGCGAGGGGCAAGGCGGUUCUAUGUGUGCAUCUGGGUGCAUCGUGGUGGAGAGGAAGUCUUUCUGGAGGAGCUGCCCAUGAGAUCUGGGCCCGGCACAGGGAUGGGCUCUCUGGGACUGGGGAACAGGGAGCGGGUGCAGAGUGCAGGGGCCCUUCUCCUCCCAGAAUCCCAUUCCUUUCCCUGGAGCUCUGAAAUCCUAUUUAAAUGCAUUCCUCUGGGGUGGCCAUUACCCCAGAGGAGCUGGAACUGGGGCCUCACCAAGACUUGUCUGGACAGCCCUACCUCUCCCUGGCACUUCACAGGGUGAUGGUGUCCUGGACUCUCUGGCACUCUCCAGGACAAGCAGGUAGGGCCACCCACACUCCUGUCACAGAGAUGCCAACUUAGCCUCAGAGAGGUGCUGGCCCAGAGUCUGCCUGCCAGCAGGCGGGAGAGCGAUUCCACCGACCGUGUGCCCCCAGGGCCCAGGAGGAUGUGCUGGGAUGCAUGGUGCUCAGGUGUGGGGUGUGGGCUUUGCAAGGUUCCUUCCCCGCCUCACACCCAGGCCAACGCCCAGCCAGUGCCAUCUUCUCAGCCUCCUGGCCGCUCCUCUGUGUUUCUUAUUUCAGGGACCCCUCAACCACACAUCUCAGUCAAGAGUCAGCACCCCCAAAACUGGUCCAUAGCUGAGUGAGGAGUGGGGGACAGGCACUAGGACAUAGGGACUGUCUCAUCUCAAGGUCCACCCCAGUCUCUGAGCUCCCAGUAACCCCUGGGUCCUCCUGACCUCAGCUGCGCUGGGCCGGAACAGCUCCGUUGCUUGGUGGGUGCAGGGGACCAGCCUGUCGCAUGCUCCUCCCCCAGGAAGGCAAGUGGCUGGGGGCCUGACAGUGAAGCUGCAGAGAGGACUUCUGCUGUGCCCUUCCCCUGACCAAGCCCCAGAGAGGGAUGCCCUAGAGAACAGAACGCCACAAGCAGGAGGUGCUGGCAGUAGGGUGCGGCUGAGGUGGCCUGGGGGGCAAUGGUCGUGGGGGUGACGGGGAGGGGUGAGAUGGUAUGGGGGCAGUGAGGGUGCUACGGCUGACGAUGAGCUGGACGAGGGACAGAGGGUGGGUGUGUACAUGUUAGCGUUUGUGAAACCCAUGCAGGGAAGGAGGGAGGAGGGGCAGAGGUCCCCACGGGUCCAUCCGGGCAGGGUAGCCCCCAACAACAGAGCCUGUAACAGGGGUGGCAGGAGGCGAGGGGACCAGGGCUCUGAGGAGGAAGGAGACUAGUCCUUUGGUACUGAUCCUAUUUUUUGUGCUUCCUCAAUUAACAGAAACGAGUUAGUAUGAAAAAGGAAGAGAGAGGGAGGGUGGGGCAGGAGUGGAGACGUCCGGAGUCCCUCCUCAGCGGCUGUGCUUUGUCUGUGGGGGAAGGGAGAUCCUCACCAUAACCCCGAGGAGCGGAGCACAGGUGAGGAAAGGAGGCGCCGGGGCCUGAUGAAGGUCACAGGGCAGAACUCAGGGCCAGCACCUGCUGGGUCCCACUCCCAGUCCCUGCCUUCGGGGGCCUCCCUGCCCCAUCCCCGGACAUCAACAUCCAGGCUGUGUCCUCCGGAUCGUGUGGUCUGUAGGUCUGAACCUCCCCUCGUUCCCCUCUGCGUGUGUAGACAGGCACACAUCGCGGGGCAGGGGUGCCGUGUGCACCCCUGAGUGCACCUCACGGUGUGCUCGUGCUGACGUGUGUUCUCGUGAGCCCACAACAGGGGGCAGGUUUUUGGGUGGUGGCACCCUGGCGUUCCGUGUUUCUUGCCUUUGUGGGGACACGUGUGCCUGCUCUGGGUGUCUGCCUGCACCUCACACCGGGGUGUGUGUUGGUGUUGGGUCUGCUGGGUGGUGCUGGGGCUGGCUGUGGCCCACUGUGAUGAAUGUGGCGUCCGUUUUGUGCAGUGCAGCUAUGGGUGUGGCAGCGGCACUCAACAGGCUGUGCACUCAGCCUCCUGAUGGGCCCUAUGACCUGCGGCCCAUGGGGCACCCCAUCUCUUCGGCAUCCCCAUCUCUUCGGCAUCCCCAUCAGGCCAAGCCACCUACCCUGUUCAAGACCCUCCUGUGGCUCCUGACAGCAGCUCCCAGGAUGUGGGCCAAGACCUUCAGGGCUCAGGUCUGGCCCUGACCCCUCUGCGGCCCACUGUCCUGCCUCCCACCUUCCUCUCCAGCUCUGGUCUAUUUCUCACACCCACACUAUGCCCUGCCCCAGGGCCUUUGCACAGCUGGCUCUUCCUUCUGCCCGGACCUCUGAACCCUUCAUCACCCACCCACCUGCCCUUCCGUGGGACGCCUCCUGGCUGAGCCUCACUUCUAGGCCUCUGUAGGCUGCUUUCUUGCACUCCCCAGAGCCUCCUUGGCAGAGCUGGUCAGGGGCUCUUUCCUGCAUAUUCCCGCAGCCUCAGCGCUUGGCGGGGGAUUGCACAGGACGACGCCCUCCUCCUUGCCCCCUACCCUACUCCCAGUGCGAGGGUGUACACGUGGGCACCCACGCGUCUAGUGAGUGCCACUUCCUCUGUGUGCACGCGGGCUGUCUACAGGGGGAUCCCGGGCCUGUGCGUGUUUACCCAGAAGUCACAGCUCUGCCGAUGGCGCAGCUGCAGCCAGGGAGGCCGGAGGCUUCCAGAGGACAAAGGGAGGGCGUGGGCUUGCGGGCCGGGAGGGGUUGACAACACCCUGCCGGUUCGGGGUCUUUGCUGAGCGUCGGGUGUUGGCUUUCCUCACAGAGUCCAUCCCAUGCACACACAGCAGACCCGGGGGCAGCCCAGAGCCAGAGCCGACGGUAAAACGGGGUUUGACUAAAUCCUGCCAUCCGGGGCCACACUGGCGUGAGACCCGCCCCCGCCACGCACACACAUGUGCAAAUCUGCAUGCCUGCACACACGUGCCUCCAGCCUCCCGGACGGGCACGCACAUGCAUGCGCGGCACACAUGGACACAAGCACGCAAACGCGCGCUCACGCCAGCGCACCGCACGCGGGGACCCGGCCGGGCCGGAGAGGGGGGCUCUGGCCCAGACGCGAGGCGCGUCACGGGACCCGGCGGCGGGAGCGGAUGGCGCGCGGGCUGGCGGGAGGGCGGGGGCGGCCGGGGCUGCCCAAGAUGGGGCCAGAGCCGCGGGCCGGGCGCGGAGGAGACGGAAGGGCGGGCAGGGCCGCGCGGGCGCAGUGCGGGCGCCCUCUCCCGGCAGUCAGCGGCAGCGCGCCGGCCCUCCGCCCUCCGCCACUGCGGCCCCGCGCCGGCCGCCUGGGCCUGGAGGCCCGCGGCGUCCCCGGAGGACGGGCUCCGCGCCCCACGACCCACUCCCGGAGGCGGGGUCGGGCUGGUCCGGGGCGGAGGGCGCCGCGGGAGGCUGCCCGGAUCCCGGGCGCUUGCUUGGCCCUGCCCGGGGCCCUUCAUGCUCGGCCCCGCGGCUGUGUCCGCAAGCGCAGAUGGUCUCGGGACCCGGGCCGCCCGGACGCCGCAGACCCAGCACGCUGCGGACCUGGCACGUUGGAUCUCGGGACGAGCGCGGAGGGUCGGGGGCUGGAAGCCCAGGAUCCGGAGGAGUGCUGCCUGAGGCCGAGGCGACGGAUCGCCCCCUCUCCGCCCCCGCGCGGGACCCCGGCAGGAACAAGCGCCCUUCCCUGGGAUCAGAGGCGGCAAACUCCUGGCUCGAGCCCCUAGCGCAGCGCCCGCCCGCGGAGCCGCGCGCCUCUCUGUCGCAUCCCUGGACUUCGCGGCUCGGCCCUCAGCCGCCGGGGCUCCCGGGCCAGCCUUCUGCUCCCCAGAUCGAGGCGCAACAAGUCUGAAAGCAGCGCCAAGGAGCAGCUAGCUAGCCGAGAGGGAGGGCGUGGGGCGCCGGGCGCUCCGGGAUCCCCGAACGCGCGCAACGUCCGCCUCCGGGGACCUGGCGCGGGCGGCGGGCGCGCGGGACUGGCUGGGCCGGCUGCCCACACCCCCUUCCAAGGCCCCGACUGUGCGACGGGGGCGCGCCCAGGAACCCCCGCCCCCUCCUUCGCCUGCUUGACCUUGCUGGGUACUCAAAGCCGGACCCGGCGGCACCCCGGCGUGCGGGCGCAGAGUUUCGCUGCCGCCCACGGGAGGGAGCGGCUCGACCUCCCUCGUUGCCUCCUGGGCAGCCGGGGUCGCAGAGAACUGGAAGACAUGAGGGUUCUAGGAGACGUGAUAGUCGCCUCCCCAGACCCCACACACCGUAUACCACCUCCCUCCCAGAUACGAAAAGGGACCCAGCUCCCCUUUCCCCCGCCUCCGCCCGCGCGGCCUUUGCUGUUCCCCCGCGGCGGCUCUCGCUCCGAGGGGGCGUGUGUUUGUGUCUGUGGGGGAGAGCACUAAGGGUCUGCUUGGGUUCCCAGGGUGGAGCGGGAGAACUGACCGUCCAGCCCCCUCCCCAACACAAACACCAAGCGGCUCCUCUGGGGCAGGAGUGCAGGCCCCCUACCCGCCUACACGCCUUCCUGCCUUUCAACUACUCCGGAGUUGCAGCCCAGGAAUCUGCGCCCCAGACCCGGAGGAAGAAUGGGGAGGUCGCGGCGGGAACGGAUGCUAAAGGAGGGCUGGCUUAGGGCUCUUCGGGUCCCAGCCUGGGCGCCUGCGCUCCAAGAAACUUAGAAGCCCAAAAUAAAAGUGGAAAGGGGUAAGGUGCCCAGCGGCCUGGGGCUGGGGUGCCAGGUUAGGCGUUCUCUUCAGGCUGCCGGGGAGUGGCCAAGCAGGAGCCUCCGCGGCCAGGAGGAGGGACCCGGGCUCGGAGCCGCAGCCUCCCUCAAGCCCUCCCGGUCACAUCGCUUCGCGGAGAUUCUCAGCUCCGCCGACCCCUCCCGAGGCCGGAGGCGCUCUCUACCUUGCCCAGGGGGUCGCGGGAACCUGGGGAGAGGACUCCUGGCCGGGUCCAGAGCCCCCAACCUCCCCAGGAGGGGGCGGGGGCCGUGCUCGUUCCUCGAGGCAGCUCUGCGCGGCUCCUAGCUAGCGCGGCGACAGCGGAGGGCCGGCGGCCUCUGCUCGCCGGGGACGCGGACCGGGGAGUGCUCGGCGCUUGGAGCGGAGAGGGCACAGGGCCGGCCCAAAGUUGAGAGUGGCUUAUCUGCGCGCCCUGUCCGACCCAGUGCAAAGGUAGACAAGGAGGGAAGAGCGAGGGCGUUCGCGUGGGGGUGGGGGGCGCAAAAAUAGCCCUCCGCCCGAAGUGCGGGAGAGAACCUCCAGGGAGUCUCCACCGCCAAUGCCAGGUCUACCUACAGGGGAGGGCUUCUACGGGCGAGGGCUUCGAGAAGGAGUCUGGGGUUUUCUCCUGCCUGCCCCAGGCUCUGUGCGUGGGGGGAGGACGUCUCGGGCCCCUACAAUGUCUGUAGGGGCUCUGGACGUGAUUAGCAGGAGGGGGACACGCUCAGGGGCUCUCCGGAGCCUGCUGCGUCUGUGUGUGGCUGUUGGGGGCCGUGGGGGCUCCCUUAGGCCCCCGCCAGCGUGUGUGUGUGCUGGGGGUACAGCGGGAACGCCCUCCCCGGCCUGCCCUGUGCAUGUGAUGAGGAGGGGUGCCAGGCUGUGGUGUGUGGAUCGGGAGGAGGCGAGCAGAGCCGAGGAGCCUCUCCUGCGUCCAGAGUCGCCCCCUCCUCAGCCUGCCCAAUGCGGGCUCGCGGGGACCUGCCACAUUCCAUCGCCACCGCUGGAGGAGGCAGGGGGCUGAGGGGGUAGGGGGUGGGGGUCCAAACUCCCGAGCUCUGAGCGAAAAACCUCGGAGCUGCGAAGCCCCAAACGGCGAAGUUAGGAAGUCUGG